ACUUGUCGGCGACAGAGUCGCGUGCAGCCUCUCGGACGGUUCGGGGUGACGACAUUGUUUUCGGUCCCCGAAAAUGGUCAAAUCUGGGAAACUGCGAUCUGGGACCUCGUCGAAACUCAAGCGGUGGAAGAAAGGACACAGCAGCGACUCCAACCCGCAGACGAGUCGUUUUCGACAGGCUGCUAAAAGCCGCUUCUUCAGCCGACCCACCGAAAAGAGCGACCUAACAGUCAACGCUCUAAAGCUCCACAAUGACCUGCAGACAGGUCCGUUGGAGCUCGGUGCAGGUGGCCGCAAGGAUGCCUCCAUGGAAGAGGAGCCGGACGAGGCGUUGUCAGCGAGAACAUCGGGCACCUUCCUCAGUGGCCUGUCAGACUGCUCAAACCUGACCUUCAGAAAGGUGCAGCGCCUCUGGGAGUCCAAUUCGGCCGCUCACAAAGAGAUAUGUGCAGUGUUGGCAGCUGUUACUGAAGUGAUCCGUGGUCAAGGAGGGAAAGAGACUGAAACAGAGUACUUUGCUGCUUUGAUGACCACCCUGGAGGUUGUGGAAUCGUCUGAUUCGCAGGCUGCAGUUGCGUACCUCCUCAACCUCGUCAUGAAACGGGUUCCUACUCCGGUGCUCGUUUCCAAGUUCUCUGACACCACCAAGGCUUUAAUGGACGUCAUGUCUAAACAGGCCUCGUCUGACACUGCGUCUGCUCUCAGAUGGAUCUUGUCAUGUCUGGCCACAUUGUUAAGGAAGCAGGAUGCAUCUGUGUGGACUUAUCCGUCCACUCUUCAGGUUUACCACGGCCUGCUCAGCUUCACAGUGCACAGCAAGCCUAAGGUCCGUAAAGCAGCGCAGCAAGGUGUUUGCUCCAUUCUUCGAGGCAGUGAUUUCCUGUUUACAGAUAACGCCCCAGCCCAUCACCCUGCUGCCGUGACCACAGCCAAGUUCUGUAUUAAAGAAAUGGAGCAGGCAGGAGGCAGCAAAGAGGACACCACCACACUCCAUGUGCUGGGUCUUCUUAAGGAGUUGAUGGGGACGUUUCCUCUGGGAGCUGUCAAGUCGUGUUGUGAGACUCUGCUGCGAGUGAUGACACUCAGCCAUGUGCUGGUGACAGCGAGUGCCAUGCAGGCCUUCCACAAGCUGUUCAGCGGGAAGCCGAACGCUUCUACCCUCUCGCCAGAACUCAACGCUCAGAUCAUCACGGCGUUGUACGACUACCUGCCCAGCGAGAACGACCUGCAGCCCCUGCUGGCCUGGCUCACUGUCAUGGAGAAAGCACACAUUCACUUGGCAAGCUUGCAGAGUUCUCUGAGUUUGGGUCACCUCCCUCGCUUCUUCUCCGCUGCCAUGUCCUGCCUGUUGUCGCCUCACAUGCCUGUGGUGUCUGCAGCCACCAACACACUGAAGACUUUGUUGACUGAAUGUGUGGUCCCUUGCUUGGAUGAAAUGGACACCAUCAGUGCCACAGCCUCUGCAGGAAACCCCUCCUAUAUCUGCAAAAUGUUUCGUAUCAUAGAGGAAGGAUUGUCUUAUCGCUUCCACGCCUCCUGGCCAUUUGUGCUGCAGAUCCUGGGCUGCUUCUAUCGAGUUGCAGGGAAACAAGCUCACGCCAUCAUGAUCAAGUCCCUGCAGUCUCUGGCAGACCUGCGCUCCACUCCUCAAUUCCCCUUCCGAGGAGAGUUGGACCUGGCUGUGGGAGGAGCUGUGGAGAGCAUGGGACCUGAAGUUGUGCUUGGUGCUGUUCCUCUCAACAUCACUGGCUACAACGAUGAUCUGGAGUUCCCCCGAAGCUGGCUGAUCCCGGUCAUACGGGAUCACGUGAAGAACACUCACCUCGGUUUCUUCAAUUCUUAUUUCCUCCCUCUGGCCUCUACACUCAAGCAGAGAGCCGAAGAGCUGGAGCAAGCAGGACAGAAACUGGAGGCCAAAGUCUACCAGACUUUACAGCUUCAGAUCUGGACCAUGCUCCCUGGCUUCUGUACAUGUCCUGUGGACCUGCUGGCAUCCUUCAAAGGCAUUGCCCGCACGCUCGGUACUGCUAUCAACGAACAGCCAGACCUGAGACUCACAAUGUGCCAGGCUCUGCGCACUAUCAUCCACAAGAGCUGCUCCACAGAAGAAGAGAGGGCUGAAGUGGGCCGCUUCUCUAAGAACUUCCUGCCCAUCCUGUUCAAUGUAUACAGCCUGCAGCCUGCAGCUGGAGAGUCCGGCACCUACAGGAUGGCUGUGCUGGACACCAUCAAAGUCUAUCUGACUGUCACUGAGACACAGAUGACCUGCACUUUACUGCAAAAAGCCACAGACAGACUGAGCAGCACAGAGACCACGGAGUUCACACGGCUGUCGAUGAUGGACCUUGUGGUUGCCAUGGCUCCCUUUGUAGAUGAGGUCACCAUGACUAAAACCUUUGAGCUGAUUAGACCAUAUUUGGAGACCAAAGAUCAGGGCAUGCAGAAGAAGGCGUACCGCGUGCUGGAGGAGAUGUGCGGCGGAGAGAGAGAGGAGUGCAGAUCGUUUGUCGUGGCCAAUCUGGAAAUGCUCAAAGUCGUCCUGCUUGAGAAUUUGAAAAACGCCUCUUCGCCAGCAAAGAGGCCGAGACUGAAGUGUCUACUCCACAUCGUGAAAAGGCUCAGCGAGGAACACAAAGACUUCAUCACUGCACUGCUGCCAGAGGUGAUCAUAUGCACGAAGGAGGUGUCUGUCGGAGCUCGUAAGAAUGCAUACAACCUGCUGGUGGAAAUAGGAAGCGCUUUUGUCCGCUUCUGUGGGAACACAAAAGAUGCCAUGGAGCAGUAUUUGGUGUUGGUGUACGUCGGACUCACCGGCUCCGUCACCAUGAUCACCUGCACAGUGUUGGCACUGACUCGAUUAGUGUUUGAGUAUAAAGACUCUAUAGAGGUGACCGUCAUGGAGCAGCUGCUGUACAACAUUUGCGUGCUGCUCUCAUCUCGCACGAGAGAGAUCGUGAAAGCCGCCCUAGGCUUCAUCAAGGUCAUCCUCUUCAUCAUGGACCCCAAGACGCUGGCUUCACACGUCACUGUCAUGAUGGAGGGCGUCGGGAACGUCAAGGAUGACGUGAGGAGGCACUUCAGAACAAAACUGAAGAACAUCUUCACCAAAUUCAUCAGGAAGUUUGGUUUCGAGCUGGUGAAGAGCAUGCUGCCUGCGGAACACCACAAGGUGCUCGUAAACAUCCGCAAGGCCGAGGCUCGCACCAAGAGACGGAAACAGGCCACGGAGCAGCAGGACGACUCUGAGAGCGACGACGAGGCGCCUCAAACAAAGAGCGAGAGUAUUGAAGACAUCCUUGCAGAGUCGGACAGUGAUUUGUCAGAGGACGAAGGAAAAGGUCAGAAGAAAACGGGCAAACAAAAGAAAGGACGUGCCUGGCUCAGAGAAGGAGUGGAAGAUGAUCCUCUCAACUUCCUGGAUCCCAAAGUUUCCCAGAGAGUUCUAGCCACUAACCCACAACGGAAAAAGAGCACCAAGUCUGCGCACGGCUUUAAAGUGACCUCGGACGGACGUCUGAUCAUUAAAGACGACGAAGAGGAAGAUGACAAAGACAAAGAUGAGGGAGAGAUGAAAGAUAUUCUAGAAGAGGCUGGAGUCAAGAGUAAAAAGUCGGUCAAAAGGAAGAUCCAAGAUGAUAACCUUGAUGAUGAUAUGGACAUUGAUCCCCAGUUGAAAUAUAAAGCUGGAGGCUCAGGUAUCCACAGACCCAUCGGAGGCAGUCAAGAAAUUGGAGGCGAUUACAAGUCAAGUAAAGGAAAAGGAGAUGUGAAGAAAAAAGGAAAGCUCGAUCCUUACGCUUACAUCCCUCUGAAGAAAGCCCAGCUCAAUCGCAGGAAGCGAGCCAAACUACAGGGCCAGUUCAAGGGCAUGGUGAGGGGAGCCCAGAAGGGGGCGCUGUCUGGAAAGAAAAUGCAGAAGAAAAAGAGGAAAGCCUGAAGUGCCUACCUUAUACAAACCAAUGGACUUUAAAUGUGACGUGUGUGAUGGCGUGUUCAUGAACUGUAAAAUGCGGAUACACACUUUGGACGUGUGUGGAUGUCUGUGUUUCUGACAGACUUGGCGUGGAAGGUGAAACCAGUUUGUUUUUUAAACUGUUCUCUUUCAACACGAAGUUAACGUCCUGCGGCAGAGACAGACAGACUGAGGAUUCAGUUGGAUGUGCCGUUCCUGCCUCGAUUGGUAUUGGCUGUCGAAUAAACCCUUCAGGUUUGCAUCAGAUACAACUCUCCCUUAUCAUAACAUAAAGAUUGUUAUAUGAAGAGUAA